CGAGCGAAGUCACGUUCCAAAUUCCGUCCCAAAGUCACACUGUGCACUACAUUGAGCACGAGCUAAUAAAAGGUCUGCGUCCUUCUCAGUGCACUAUAUGCGUAAAUGUUUUCAAUUGAGACAGAAACGUGGAACGCUGCAGACGAAAACAGCAUGGACGGUGCAAAGUAACCUAACUCGGUUACAGACUUAAAGUAAGCGACUUUUGCGUGUUUGGAAGGCUGCGGUUUGUUUGAACAAGGAUGCGUGGUUUGCGUGACUGGACGUCAUUUGCGUGACGCAGCGCUCGUGCUGCUGGCUAGGCUGCUAUAAGGGUUUGUAUUGGUUUAAGGUUAGCAGGCUAACCUCAAGGGGAGUGGUUGUCAAAGUGUCACCAGUUUGUUAAAUAAAAGGAAGAAAAGUUCUCCUACACGAGAAGGAACACGUGCAGAAACCGUGAGAAAGCUGUUUAUUUAGUCAGGAAGGCCAUUGUUCAGCAAAGUGUAUGUGUGCAGCCUGCAAACCCCCCUGAGUGCUGACGAGUGUGUGUACAGUUGGCUGGCAUGGGGAAUGGAGUACAGGAACAUCGGGGGGCGCUCACACAGGGUGAGGCGCUGCCAAGGCCAUCCUCCAGCCAACCAGAGGGUUUUAAACAGGGCCGGUCUGUGCUGAACUCGUUGAUCUCUGGAGCCUUUGCAGGAGCUGUCGCUAAAACAGCUGUAGCUCCACUGGACAGGACCAAAAUCAUCUUCCAAGUGUCUUCAAACAGAUUUUCUGCCAAGGAAGCGUACCGGUUGAUUUAUCGCACUUAUCUGAAGGAAGGCUUCCUGAGCUUAUGGAGGGGCAACUCAGCCACCAUGGUGAGGGUUAUCCCCUAUGCUGCCAUCCAAUUUUGUGCCCACGAACAAUACAAGAGACUUCUAGGAGGCUAUUAUGGCUUUCAGGGCAAGGCUCUGCCUCCUAUUCCGAGACUCCUGGCUGGCGCACUGGCUGGCACCACAGCCGCCAUGCUCACAUACCCGCUGGACAUGGUGCGCGCCCGCAUGGCAGUCACACCAAAAGAAAUGUACAGUAAUAUAAUACACGUGUUUGUGCGGAUCUCUCGUGAGGAAGGACUGAAGACCCUCUACAGGGGAUUCACUCCAACUAUACUCGGUGUGGUUCCUUACGCAGGCCUCAGCUUCUACACCUACGAGACGCUUAAGAAAGUCCAUGCAGAGAGGACUGGAAGAGCUUACCCCUACUCAUAUGAACGGCUGGCGUUUGGAGCGUGCGCCGGCCUCAUCGGUCAGUCAGCGUCAUACCCGCUGGACGUGGUGCGACGGCGCAUGCAGACGGCAGGCGUGACUGGGCACACAUACAGCACCAUCAUAGGCACCAUGCGAGAGAUCGUGCUAGAGGAGGGCGUCAUUCGCGGCCUGUACAAAGGCCUGAGCAUGAACUGGGUCAAAGGGCCAAUUGCUGUUGGCAUCAGCUUCAUGACCUUUGACCUCACCCAGAUCUUGCUGCGUAAGGUGGGUGCACGAUAGCCAUUCAUGUCGGGGGAAGACUUUUUGGAGGCAGCACCGUAAUCAAAAUUCCUGCCCAUAUCCCUGUAUCUGAGGUGGCCUGGAAAGAAAUAAACAGAGUCUUCUUGCUGCCUGUUUCGGGCCCAGGUGCACAUGCUGCCAGAGAAAACGGGAAGUUUAUUAACUGAUGCAUAAGCGCAGAGACAUGAAAUUUGUGGAAGUAUUUGUCUCCAUAUUUUACAGGAAUGUGUGAAGACAUUUUAGCUAUUUUUGUUUUCUGAGUUAGAGAAUCUCUUUGUGCACACUGUGUGUGUGUGUGUAUGUGUGUGUGCAACUGAGUUACAGACAGAGACAGAUUGAAUGUAUUUCCUGUGUGAUCUCUCUCUAUACUGCCAUUUCCCAAGUGUUUAAGUCCGACAACAUCCAGUGAAGGUGUAAUAUGUUAGAGCUGGGCGAUAUUCACAUCACUGUGAUGUAUAAGGAAUUUACAUUUUUAUGAAAAAAUCCUAUUUUCUUCAGUAUCAUUCAGUUAAACCUUCUUGGUUGCCAGUAGCCAAUCAGGUGAUAGACAUGCAAUUUGGUUAUGUGUGGAGACCAAUGUAAAGUGGGGCUUAGGGUUUAGGUCUUAAAUAAAAAUGAUUUAAAUUAAUUGAAAUAGAGUGUAAGUCUAAACUGCCUGCUUCUGUUUAAUGUGUACAUUUUUUAAAAUGUAAAUAUGGAAACACUUACAAGAGAAAAAAAUGAUCAUAUAUUCACAUAUCGCUCAGCUCAGCUUCACUUUAUCCUCUAUUCUUAUUGAUACACUCUGUAUGCCUUCUCUCUUCUGUUUUUCUGUCUCCUCGUCUCCCGACUUGUGAUGUCUUAUGCGUCCGAGCUGUCUCGAUCACUAAUUAGCACAUUUGUUGUUUUUUUUUGUCAAUGUUCCACUAUGGUAUAAAUCCUAAAGAGCAUUUUAUUUCGUUUCAGUCGUAUGAACUUGAGACCAUCAUUUAGCAGAGAACCUAUAAAUGUUUAUAAACAGCAAUAAGGAUGUAAUGGAGCAGAACAGAGAGGUGUAAUGGGAAAGUUUGGAGCGUCUCGCUACUCUGGCUCACUCUUGAUAAAUGAAUGGUGUCCACUGCUUCUAUCUUUAUCCUGUGCAGUAUGUGGAGUUCGGUCCAAAGGCAGGUGUGUUUGUGUGUGUGUCGGAGAGAUCGGACCAGCUGUGGGCAGUAAAAUGUAGUUUGGCCCUUAUUGAGCGCUGUGUGUGGCAGUGGUUCAUCGUCUCUUAGCUUCUGUAGGUUUGCCCUAGUGCAGAUUAUGAUACGCGAGCUCAUGUUAAUUUCUGUAAGCUACAUGAGGAUAUACUAAGUGCCUACAGGGAGAGGAGAAAGAUAGAUAGAACUGAAACACACAAUCAGAACAGUAACAGUACACAGUGCGUAUGCUCGAGGUACCACUCCAGAGACAGAGCGGUACAGCCGAGUCGCCUUGUUUCUGAAGCUUCUUACAGUUGUGUGUCUCCUAAAUCUUAAUGCCAUGUGAUCGUCUGGGAUUAAAGUGCAAUAGGUAUGAGUUAGUUCUGAGUAAUGGCACGAUUUUAAUAUCGUCCACGUUUAGCUGUUUGGUGUUCUUAUGAAUCACCUUCCAAAUAAUCGUUUGGUAUUUAAUAACUCCUGAGGAAACUUAAAGGAAAACUCCUGCACUUUUCUGUGUCUUUUAGAGUUUCGUCUAAUUUUACUAGGAACUGGAAUUUCAACACCUUUAUCCGAAAAAUGAACAAAUAUAAUUUAUAGUUAAGACAGUUUAUGCAAAACACUUUGAUUCAUUCUUUAAUAAUAUAUAUAUAUA